UCCCGCGUCAAUGGCUCAGAACUGGCCUCUCCGGAGCUGUCGUUUGAGUCGAAAGUUGCUCCAACAACCUGAGCAACUUUUCAAUCGCCGCCCUAUCAACUUGAUAUAUGGCGCCUCGGUUUGAGUCCUCGUAUUCCUGUGUGGCGACCAGCUUACUUCUGUCACCUGACCUCAUGCACGUUGUGGUCGCGUAUCAACACGGCAUCCAAGAUGACGUGCGUCCAUUCCUUGAAUUCGCCAUCGUCUCAUCACCCGAUGCCAUUGACAGCGCCUACGUGUCCAUCGUGAACCAGUGCCAUGCGAUGCUGAUGCCGUGGCUGGCUACGUUUGGACCAUCCCGACUCGGCAAAUUGUUCGAGUGCAUCCCAGCCAUGCACCACCUCGUGGCAUGCGUUGCCAUUUGCUCGGUCGACCACCCGCUGCUCGUGCAUUGUCUGCGCCAGCAGCCCCAGUCAAGUGCAAACUUGCUCGGCAUGGCAGCGUACGCGAACAACACUCGAGCAUGUGAGUACCUGAUCGCCCACAACCACACACGUGGCGCGCUUGACGCCAUGGAUUGGGCAGCCAUCAAUGGCAAUCUCGACAUGAUCGUGCAGCUACGCCACGCCCCCCGAAACCAUAGCGGCGCCAUCCAGCAAUGUCUGGACAAGGGGCUGCAAGGCGCGGCACUCAACGGUCAUCGUCCCAUCGUUCAAUACCUCCUUGACAACGGCCUGGCUCCAAUAACGUCGUUGCAUCACCCCAAGCUUUUCAACGUAUGCGCGUCGAGAGGACAUUUGGCGAUGAUACAAUACAUGUUUGCGCUGGGAUGCUCCUUCACGACUGACGCCAUGGACGCCGCCGCCACCAACGGCCAUCUGGAUGUCGUUCAAUGGAUGCAUGCUUCCAAGCGACGGGACCAAGGCUGCACAUACGUGGCAUUGGCUGGCGCGUGUCGCAAUGGACAUUUGGAAAUUGUGACAUUCUUACACCGCCAUCGCGCCCACGACUGUUGUCAGCGACCGUACAUAGCCCAGUCAGCGUUGGAGAUUGCCGCCGCCAAUGGCCAUCUGGACAUAGUCAUGUAUCUGCAUGUCCAUCGGUUCUCAGACGGCGCAUUGUACGCGAUGGACGCCGCGGCAGAACAUGGCCAUUUGCAUGUGCUCCAGUGGCUCCACCUUCAUCGAUCUGAGGGGUUCACAAGUCGCGCCGUGGACUUGGCGGCCAAACACAACCACCUCGACGUGGUGCGCUGGCUCGUAUCUAUUUCAGCUUGCCAAAAACACAGCACUUUUCUCGGUCAAUUGAUGGCGCGACUGGGUGUAUUCCAACGUCAGUAUUAUUGUACGACCCGCGCCAUGGACGACGCCGCAGCCAAUGGCCAUUUGGAAAUGGUCCAAUGGCUCCAUGAACACACUGGCGCUGGGUGUACGGUGGCGGCAGUGGACCAAGCGGCCCGCGGAAACCACCUGGAGGUCGUGCAAUGGUUACUGUUUAACCGUCGAGAAGGGGGGUCAACUGACGCGAUGGAUUUUGCGGCUGCAAAUGGCCAUCUGGAAAUGCUGCAAUGGUUGCAUCAAAGCAAGGAUGCGCCAGGAUGUACCACCGAAGCGAUGGACAAUGCAUGUCGAGGGGGGUUUCUGGGCGUAGUCCAGUGGCUACAUGCAAAUCGAAGCGAGGGGUGCUCUAGGAAUGCGCUCAUGUACGCAGCAAGUCUUGGCCAUUUAGACGUGGUCGAGUGGCUCUUGGUGCACCGACGGGGGGCUGGAUGUGAUGGCUGUACCAGACGAGUGGCAAAGUCGUGCGGGAUCAACAUCAACGACACUUUGCAGUCCACGCCAAGUUUCUGCAGCAGCGAGCACACGAAUGAGGUCGAUGAACCCAAGCAAGAUGAUGACGGGGGAGUUGGGGCCGUAAUCGCGCUAGUUGUAGCAGUGAUAAAGCUAUGCUUAAAAUGAAAUAAUCCCAGUGGAUUAUUUAUGGUAC